AUGAAUAUCUCUGGAUCAGGAUCCUCUUCUGAGUCAGUGAGGGAAUUCAUCCUUCUGGGUUUUCCCUGCAGCAGGGACAUUCAGGUCAUCCUGUUUAUGUUCUUCUCCAUCAUCUACCUCCUGACUCUCAUGGGAAAUGGAGCCAUUAUCUGUGCUGUUUGUUGUGACCAGCAUCUCCACAACCCCAUGUACAUCCUGCUUGGGAAUUUUGCAUUCCUAGAGAUCUGGUAUGUCAAUUCCACUGUUCCAAACACACUUAUCAACUUCCUCUCAGAAACCAAGACCAUCUCUUUCACUGGAUGCUUCCUUCAAUUAUAUUUUUUCUUUUCCAUGGGCUCCACUGAGUGCUUCUUUCUCUCAGCAAUGGCCUUUGAUCGCUAUUUUGCCAUCUGUCAUCCUCUGCAUUAUGCCACAGUUAUGACUGGACAACAAUGUUUCAACCUAGCAAUUUCCUGUUGGGUAUGUGGCUUUCUCUGGUAUCUGGUACCUGUUAUUCUCAUUUCCCAACUGCCUUUUUGUGGUCCUAAUGAAAUUGACCACUUUGUAUGUGAUUCAGGCCCACUGCUGACCCUUUCUUGUGCUCCUGCCCCCAUGUCCAAGCUCAUCAGCUAUACCCUAAGCUCCUUCAUCAUCCUCCUUAGCUUCUUCUUCAUCCUCAUCUCCUAUGCCCUGGUUCUCCUUGCUGUGCUUCAGUUGCCCUCAGCAGCCAGUCGGCACAAGGCCUUUUCAACAUGUGGUUCCCAUUUGUCUGUGGUGCUGCUAUUCUAUGGGACGAUUAUGGUUAUGCAUGUGAGCCCUGGAUCCAGUCAUUCUACCCUGAUGCCAAAGAUCAUGACCUUGUUCUAUGCAAUGGUGACUCCACUCUUCAACCCUUUGAUUUAUAGUCUCAGGAAUAAGGAAAUGAAAAAUGCUCUCAGGAAAGUUCUG